GGGCAAUAGCUCCCGGAGACCCUUCCUGAUUGAGUUUGUCGAGUUUAUUGAUUUUGCUUCCCUCCAUUCUUUUGUGUUUUGGUUGGUGGGGUGAAACGAGGCUGUGAGAUUCAAAAGGCGGGAAGGCUGAAUGAAAAACUACAAGGCUAGCAUUUACCAUCUCCAUCUAUCUCUUCCCCGCAGUCCUCAUGAUUUUAAUGUUACAUCUCAUUUCACUAUCGCAUUUGCCUGUACAUUACAGUAGUGGGAUUGAUGUCGAGUUGUCGCAUUCAUUCUCACUGCCACCACACAUUUACUUUACUGCCGCGUUUUCGCCCUUUCGCAUUUAUUUCAAACAUCGCAAUUUUUCCCUCUCACAUCAAACCCUCAUCCAAAGUCGAACAUCUUCCUUCCUCCAAAGCCCUCCAACAUAUUGAAAGUCCUACCCAUCGAAAUACAAAUGCUCCUUUUCUUCCUUAGUUCUUCAAGAGCUACUGCCAUAGUAGCAGAGAAAUAGAGUAUCACCAUUACUAUGCCGAGACGAUUGGAAAGGUGACGGCGGAUGAAGUUCUAUGACUAUCUGCUAGGCCAUUGCCGUGGAGGCCUUCUUCGUUUCGCUCUAGGAUUCAAUACUCUUCAUCAGAUGGGGUUCUUUCUCCCUCUGUUCUAGAGCGAAACGUAAAAGGCCUCCGGAGAACCAGCAGAGCGUCAUACCGAGUACGCUCUCAUCUAAAUCAAGAACCACUACACCCUCAUUUAAAGCACAAACUACUACGCCCAAUUCUACUAUAUUUGGCAGCAGUAACAACAGUGAUGAUGGGGAGGAAGAUGAUGGGUCCAGUAGUGAUCAAGGAACAGUUGUUAUUGAAACUGCUAAAUGGGCUAAAGAGCAAAGGAAGAGGGUAUCGUCAAGGCAGAAUAGGAAGGAUAGUACUAGUCCAACGGCAAUGAGUAUCGAUCUACAUCCCUCUGCUCCAUCAUCCAGAAGAUCAAGCCGGUAUUCUUCUUCCAGACAAUCGUCAUCAUCAACAAAUUACAGGGAGGAAAAUAAGUCGGAUAUGGAUAUGGAUAUCGAUAAUGAUUAUGAACAGUUGAAUCGUCGUCAUUAUGGUCAUUCAUCAUCACAACCACAACCACAAUCACAAACACAACAUGAAAAUCAACCAAGUCCACCACACACUCCCUAUGUCACACAAAAUCCAUCCUUCUCCUCCCCUUCCUUCUUCUCAAAUUCAGAUGAAGUUCGUGGACCGUCACAAGAACAGGCGCAACAAAAUGUCCAAAUGAGUUUGUAUGCAUAUCUGAGGGGAGUGCAUCCGAGGGCUAGUGAGGAUGAGGUUAAGGAGUUGGUGAUCAGGUACAUAGAUAGUAUGGGGAUUUUUAGGUAGAAUGGAAGUGUAGGUGGGAAGAGGAGGGAAGGGCGAGUGUUUGAGGGAGAGCAUGAUUAUACGCUAUGAGCAAGCUAGUUCGGGGAAGUCAUAGUAAGCGGGGAAGCCCACGCGGAGGAUAUGGUGGGCUUGAUCGUGGGUCAGGAUGGUGGAGAAGGUUAUGCAUGAGGGAAGGGAGACUCGUGAAAGGCUAGUGAUGUAUGCCGGGUGGGAAGAUCAAUUGAUUUGGUGGGGGUGAUAGAGGGGAUUUUGUUGCAGUUUUUGUUGCAGGCUUUCUUAUGUACAAGGGAGGGAAAAGAGGGGAGGAGAUGGGUGGAGGGAUAAAUUAGAGGAGUUUAGAUUUCAUGAUUAAAUUGGAUUAGAUUAGAUUUGAUGGGAUAUUGAAAUUGCAUUUCUAGGGCAACGAAUGAAUGAAUGAAUUUUAUUAUACUCA